UCACUCGCUCUCUGUGUGUUCGGGGGACUCUUUCGCUGUGUCGCGUUUUCUCUGAUUUUCUUUGUUUGGGUGAAAAUUGGGCAAAAGUAUUUUUUGGGUUUAUCAACUGUAAUUUCUGCUCCAGAAGUAGAUGCUACUUGAUUGUCACACUGCGGUAUGCGAUUUCGGGUGGAACUUCAUUUCCAUAAUCGGAUAUAUCGUCUGUAUCACAAGAACUGUUAUCACUCAUGUUUACUUUUCGGUUAGGUACCAAUAGGUUAUAAACAAGACGUCUUGCUCUAAUGAUACAUAAUUUUGCAAUCAUAUAUAUGUAAAACAAAUGACAGCGACAGGAUAGGUAUCCCCACGCACGCUUCAAAUGUUCCCGCGCACGCUGUGAGAGAGCGUGCCUAAGUCGAUGACUUUAGCGCCAAAACAAAUGACUCUAAGUCGAGCUCCGCGCUAGCUGUUAUGAAAAGAAUAUAUCGCUUUGUUUGUAUAAUAGAUAUUGAAGUAUCUUAUCGUCACACUCCUAUCAAAUAUUGUGUUUACACACUGAUAAAAGGAAUACCACAUCUGCACGUGGCAACGCAAGAAAUUAUUGCCAGUCUCAGUGCUCAACUCGAGCGCGAUGGAUACAUCGUGUGCACUGUUAUUUCUCGUGGCAGUUCUGAGCGUCGUCUACUAUUAUCUAAAAUGGCCUUACACCCACUGGAAGAAACAAAAAGUAAAGUGCGUUCCUGGCACGAUUCCGGCUUUCGGACAUCUCUUGCCAAUUCUGUUUUCGCGUGAAAGCUCAUCGGAUCUCUUUACCAAAGUUUACAGAGAUUAUGAAAAAAGUAGUAUGGUCGGGAUGUACUUCUUUCGAACACCCGCUGUACUGGUGCGUGAGCCGGAAUUAGUGAAACGCGUACUAGUUAGUGAUUUUCAAAGCUUCCAAAACAACUUAUUACUCUUGAAUCCGAAGAUGGAUCCAUUCAUGUCGAAGAAUCCGUUCUUUUGCUGGGAUGAGGACUGGAAAGCAAUGCGAUCUCAAAUGAUCAACAACAUGUCGCAAAAAAAGUUGAAGAUCUUUUUCGGUAUCAUGCACCGGGUGUCUGACAAGUUUGAUGAUUAUCUUUCUAAACAAGUUGGAAAAGCUGCUGACCUCGAAGUAGACAUUAAGUAUGUCAUACUAAGAUUGACCGGUGAGUUGGUAGCUAAUACAGCUUUUGGGAUCGAAGGUGGUGGCUUCGAGAGCGAAAUCAGUCCUCACAGUUUCACCGGCAGAGUGGAAAAUAUGUUGAAGCCGACAUUCACCACCAUCUACAGGCAAAUGUUAGUCUUGUAUCUUCCGGAAUUCGCUUCGGCUCUCGGACUAGGUUUCCUCACGAAUUCGUUGGACAGCUUUUUGAUAAGCACAGUUGACAAUAUCAUGCGUCACCGAAAAGAACAGGGGCUUGUCGUUGAUGACUUACUUCAAAUGAUCAUCGAAGCAUCCGAUGAUUUGGAUCCUAAAGUUGUCGCUGGCAAAUUGAGUGGAUACUAUUUCGAUGCUUACGAAACCGCAGCCACAAUGGCAUCCUUUGCUUGCUUCGAACUGUCUCAUAAUUCGCAAGCGCAAGAUAAAGCCCGCUCGGAAAUCAAAGAGAUUCUCGAUAACUACGAAGGGACGUUGAGUUACGAAGCUCUGAAAGACAUGAAGUACCUGGAGCAAGUUAUCCACGAAACCAUAAGAUUGUACCCCAUUAUAGGCGCUGCUUACAAAGUCUGUACUCGGAAGAUUACGCUCGAGGGAUCUGAUGGACAAAGUUGUUGUUUGGAGCCAGGUAACAUUGUGGUUGUACCCAUACUCGGUCUGCAUACGGAUGAUGAGUACUGGGAGAAUCCUCACAGCUUCGAUCCGGACAGGUUCAACGAAGAGAAGAAGAACGUGACGAAAUUUUCUUUCUUACCCUUUAGCGAAGGGCCGAGAAUGUGUGCGGGUAUGAGGUACGGAAUAAUGACUGUAAAGACAAUUUUGGCUACGAUAAUUAAGAGUUAUACAAUUGAAACUUCACAGAAGACUAGUAGACCUCCAAAACUUGAGACUGGAAGUGUGUUAACUCUUCCUGCAGAAGGAUUGUAUGUGAAAUUGAAGAGGAUUGGUUGACAAAUUUUAUCAUCAAAAAUAAUUUUACAGAAUCAUAGGCGAUUUUUAAAGCAUUUUUAUUGAGUUUUCACGAAGUUAUUCCAUUGUUACAUUUCAUAGUAUAGUCAACAUUACGAUUUAAAUACCAGCAUUACUUUAUAAAUAUGUAAACAAAUCUUGUAAAAAGUUUAUACUGUCAAUCAAAGCAGUACGCUUUACAAAUAAACCCAAGUAUGUACGUAUAUGUCUCUUUGUAACAUUAAAAAUAUCGAUUGUGAGUAUACAUAACAUUUUCGUUAUCGAAUAGUAGGAAUAUAUAUAUAUAUAUAUAUAUAUAUAUAUAUAUAUAUAUAUAUAUAUAUAUAUAUGUUUAUCAUCGAGAAAAAUACGCUUAGUCAUCAUAUCUCAUCAGCGUUAUCCCACUCGUUUAAUAUGUGCAAAACAUCCAUCCAGAGCAAACGCUUAUCUUGUUAUACAAAAGAAAUGUUUCGAAAUAAACGUUCAGUUCUAAACUGGUCUCUAUACGAAAAAACUCGUCUGUAUAUAAAAAUAGCCUGAACCAACGACUCCGUCUACAUCUUCAUCUCGGAUUAAAAUUGCAUCAGAUCCCUAACCGUGUACAAACACAUCCUUCCAAAAAUAUCCAUAUUUUCAUCCACGCAAUUUGACGCUCUAAAAUCACUUCUAUAUAACCUACGCAACUUUUCAGAAACGUUUACAAUGCACUUUUUAAAGGUUCGUCACUCCAUUGUCUAGGAGCACGCGAAUGCACAGUGUUCCGACGAUUUGUAAUAUCACGCAUAUUUUGAUAGUAGCCUCUUUUACAUGAGUAUUAUACGCACUACUGUUAUACAUAGUAAACUUACUUUACGACGUGGACUACGUGGCUAUUACACAUUUUAUCUGAACUCAAGGAUGGAAAAUUGAAAAAAAAGCUACGCUACAGUAUAAUGAAUUCAUGCCUGGACACGUAGGUAAUAUCCUUUUGUGUCGUCUGCCACAGUUGUUUAAGCUGACCCAUUAGUUUAGCCACGCGGUACAUGAAUAGCGCUUGCAGAAGCGCGUCGCAGCUACCUCGAAAGUUUAGUAUUGCCAGAGGAACGCUUGGUUCAAAUUCAAUUGGCUCUAAUUUACCUACGGCUUCGCAGCG